AUGGGGUGCCAGGGACUUAUCAACUUUGGAAACCAGCUUCUUCGCCGGAAAAACGUGGACUGUACCCGAGAAGACGGUCGCCUGUCGCGCUGCCUCAACACGUUUGACUUGGUGGCUCUGGGUGUCGGCAGCACCUUGGGUGCGGGUGUCUACGUGCUGGCCGGAGCCGUGGCCCGAGAAAACGCAGGACCUGCCAUCGUGAUCUCCUUCCUGAUCGCUGCUCUGGCUUCCGUGCUGGCCGGCCUCUGCUAUGCAGAGUUUGGUGCCAGGGUACCUAAGACGGGCUCGGCUUAUCUCUACAGUUACGUGACCGUUGGGGAGCUCUGGGCCUUCGUUACUGGAUGGAAUUUAAUUCUUUCCUAUGUUAUCGGCACGUCCAGCGUGGCCAGAGCGUGGAGCGCAACGUUUGAUGAAAUCAUAGGGCAGCACAUCGAAGACUUCUGUAAGAAAUACAUGACUAUGGAUGCCCCUGGAGUGCUAGCCAAAUACCCAGACAUCUUCGCUGUGGUCAUAAUCAUCAUCUUAACAGGACUCUUAGUUUUUGGAGUGAAGGAGUCUGCCCUGGUGAACAAGGUGUUCACGUGCAUCAACAUUCUCGUUCUCGGCUUUGUCAUGGUAUCGGGCUUCGUGAAAGGAUCUAUUAAAAACUGGCAGCUGACUGAACAGGACAUAUACAACAUCAGCCACGGCACUCACGGAGACAAUCAAACACAGGGAGAAAAGCUUUAUGGUGUUGGAGGCUUUAUGCCCUAUGGAUUGAAUGGAGUCCUCUCAGGGGCAGCCACGUGUUUUUAUGCUUUCGUGGGAUUUGACUGCAUUGCCACCACAGGUGAGGAGGUAAAAAACCCUCAGAAGGCCAUUCCCAUUGGCAUCGUGGCAUCUCUGCUCAUCUGUUUUGUUGCUUACUUUGGUGUGUCAGCUGCUCUCACGCUCAUGAUGCCUUAUUAUCAGCUGGAUACCAACAGCCCUUUACCCAAUGCCUUUAAAUAUGUAGGCUGGGAUGGAGCCAAUUAUGCUGUGGCUGUUGGUUCAUUGUGUGCGCUUUCGACAAGUCUCCUUGGCUCCAUGUUUCCGAUGCCUCGAAUAAUUUAUGCCAUGGCAGAAGAUGGGCUGCUCUUUAAAUUUUUGGCUAAAAUCAAUGAGAAAAGAAAAACUCCAAUAAUUGCAACAGUGACGUCAGGGACUAUUGCAGCUGUUAUGGCCUUUCUCUUCGACUUGAAAGAUCUGGUGGAUCUCAUGUCUAUUGGGACUCUCCUGGCUUAUUCCUUGGUGGCAGCCUGCGUAUUGGUGCUGAGGUAUCAGCCAGAGCAGCCUAACUUGGCCUACCAGAUGGCUAGAACAACAGAGGAGACGGAUAACAACGAGUCUAUAAGCACGAGUGAAUCUCAGGCAGGAUUUCUGCCAGAAGAAGAGGAGAAAUGUUCCCUCAAAGCCAUAUUAUGUCCCCCAAACUCAGACCCUUCCAAAUUCUCUGGCUAUGUGGUGAAUGUCUCAACCUUCAUCAUUGGUUUCGUGAUUUUAUUGUAUUUAACGUUUUUAAGCUGAUUAAGUACUCAUAUUCCUUAUAGUGCACUGCUGCUGUGAAAUGUUGGGAGGGUUUCUGGUCGCUGCUUGCCAGGUGAAUGGCCAUUUGCAAAAGUGCAGAUGGUGCAGGACAGUGUUUCUGCUAACUGUGCACUCAGCAGAGGGUUUAGUCAUAAAACUAUUUGGUGCAAGUACUUGAAUGGUUUUAAUGGAACAGGUGUCUCCAAAGAGCCUUCCUACCUCUUCAUGUCAGGACUUACUGAUACCAUUUCUAAAAUGGGGGGUGGGGGUUGGCAAAAGUGCUUUUAAGCCCAGGUCUCAAGAAGGGCCCUGUUUUCCUUUCUGUGCAUUCGUUUCAUUUGAAAUCAGUAUAACUGCCACUAGAACAGGCCGCUUAAAAUAAGAAGGAACUAAGAAGGAAUUUGGCUAUGAGAAUUUGGUUAGGUUCAGUGGGUGAAUCAUAUUCAUGCCUCUAGAAAGAGAUGUGUAGAAAGAUCUUCAAAAUCCUCUGGUGAACAGAAUCUGAGAGUCUUGCAGCUUCUACCCCGUCCCCAAGUUGAAGGACAUGAGGGUAGAUAGUAGCUCCUUAACAGUGAUGCCAAUGGAGUGUGUAACUUUCUGCCCUGAAACAAAGCACCAUGAGACUGAGGUCUGGCUUGCUGAGACAAGUGUUCUUGAUGACACGGGACUUCAUCUCUAGAAACAGGUUACUGACUUAGUCUGUGAUCCUAUUUGGAGCAUGAGCGUGGGGCUCAGCAGAGCUUCCUGGUCUGUGUGCUUUAUAAAAUGAUCAAUAAAAUAUGCUCAAGUAUGAGGAAUGUGACACUGUGUGGGGCUGAGGGGGGCUCUGCUCCACCGGGCUAAGGCACCGUGCCCAGGCUAGGCUUGCAGCCUGGUUAUGCUCCAGAGCUUGCCGUGAAGGGUGAGAAAUUCAGAGCUAUGAGCCCAGGGUCUGUGUUGAGUCAGCAAUGCAGAGGUAGCCUUGAUUUGGUUACAAGGUGAAAGGUUUUUUAAUUCUCUCUAGUGCCGUAUGUAAGUAUGCAACUCCAAAACAGGCUUUCUGAAGCAUCACAGUGGGGUGUUAAACCCACAUAGUGGCAAAGCUUUAAAUUUGUGCUUUAACUCGUCCUGGAAAAUCUAUCCCACACAGAUACUGCAGAAACCCCCUCUAACUCUCUGAGGGAUGCUGUCUUAGGUGUCCUCCACACUACUGCCCCUGAGGACCUGACAGUCUUUCCCSUGCUUGUCAGCACAGCUCUUCUCUGAGCAAGUGCUCUUCCCCCAUCACGUAGGUGGAAAGCUGCAGAUUGGAUUCCUGAGCAAUUUGGCCAAGGUCUCRCAGGGAAUCUGGUGCAGCAGAAACAGGAACCAGAUCUCCCAGAGCCUGCAGCCUGACCGUGGACCAUCUCUCUUGAAGGUUUCCARGAGGGAAUUAAAGGCCUGCUACCCACCUAGCAGGGUCUUGGCCUUCUUUUUUCUUAAACUGGGAGACUUUUCUUAUCAGAGGUGGAAUUAGAAUUAAUAUGAGCAUUACUGUGUGUGUGCAUUUCCAAUGCACUUUUUGACCGCAAUUUCAUAUGCAAAAUGAAAAGUUAUGGUCUGCUGCAAAUGCUGGGUCUUUACUGUCUGCCAAGGCUGUUUUCCUUGUGCUAUAUGAAGUCUUCUUCAAGCAAGG